UCCAGAGACGACGACGAGGAGACUGGAUUACUGAGUGAGGCGGGAGUCGGACAAGACGGGCUGAUCUACGAGCGGGACGAUGUGGUCGUAAGCGAAUACAGCGCUUCGGCCAGGGUGGACAUGAGAGAGCAACAAUCCGAUAUGACAACAGACGAGUUUGUGUCUACACAAACGAGUCUUGACUCUGUCGAGCCCACCAGCCAGGACUUGGCGGAUGACUUGAAGUCUCGUCAAACCGACACCAGCUCUGGCUCAAGCUGCAUUUCUGGACACGGACGAGGCGGUGAGAUCGAGUCCCGGGCACCAGGUGGGGUGGACAAUGUGGCCAGACGAAGUGAAAGUUGCGUCGAUCUGCCUCGACAGAACUCGUGUCCGCCCACUCACGGCGCUGACGGUGACAAUGGAAAAGCCGGACGCGCCGGCUCGUUGAAGUAUGUCCGUGCGAGAAGUGCUAUGCCACAAGUUUAUGCCUUUUUUGACAAAAAUGCUGCACUUCCAAUGCCCCCCGUCUCGGAGGCAGGACCGAUCGGUUGUCACCGGCUGCCGGAGACAAACGACACACGCCGCCAAUCUAUCAUUGUUCGUUCCCACUCCGACCCCACAAAUGCGACUGGCUCGCCCAGCCGUCGAAUCACAUGCGCCGAACGAUCCGUCUCGUUUCCAUCGCCUCGUGCCCACCUCCGUCCUACCGUCACUGCCGGCUUCAGCCCCAUCGGCGUUGGCCGGACAGCCUCGCAGUUGUCGCUUUGCCCUUCAGCUGUCCUGGAGACCGAGGAGGCAGAUGCGGUGGCGCAUGGUGACCGAGCGGAGUUGAACAGCAGCAUAAGCACGAUCGGAGUGGCUGGUAGCUGGGUUUCUGGCUCCGGCACCCUGAGUGACAUCUCCAGCUCAUCUCUGAUUGGUGCGCAAGGUCCCAGGGGCUUGAAUGAUAGAAAUGAGGAGGAGGAGGAGGAGGAGGAGAGGGAAGAGGUAACGCAGGGAACGUGGGACGAGGAAGGAGAAGACACAACUGCAGAUGAUGACGAGAAAAGCCUCACUUGCAGAAGAUCCGAGCCGAGCGAGCUUGAGUUCUCUGGCCUGAGCACCACGUCAGUUUCCGGUGCCUCCGUCUCGUGGCCCGAGUCGCGAGGGCAACCUUUCACGAGUGAAAUCUCGACCGUUUGUGCUUACAAACGGACAAAACGGCUUCGACUAGCCGCAGCUCGGCGGGCCAAGGAAGCCGGAAACCGAGCCUCAAGGCCCGACUCAACGACCCUCUUUUUCCAUCGUCUUCUCACCGAGUCCUCGGCUUGGCCGCCACCACCACCACCGUCGCCACCCUCCGUGCCACCUUCAGAGUGCUUGAAUGAGGUGCCGGUCUGCUUGAGUCAUGUGGCUAGAAUGACUGGUACGCCAGGUCUUCUGCCGAGGCUGAGCGGAGGGAGGGGCGGGCAAAGCAGAUUCUACGAGAUGGAGGGUUGGCGAAAUGCCCAAUCGUUGGCCCUUCGGCUUCGUACCACUGACGGGACGGCCGGCCACGAGUCGGGCAUCCACAGCGAAUCGGCCGAACCGGUGGUCUCCGCAGAUCGGGUCACCGUGUCUGAGAGAUCAGAUCGAAGAUGUGGACACAAAUACUCACAGCCCAACAGCCCUGGACACGCCAUCAUCUGCGCACGAAAAUUGAACGGACUCUCGGCAAACCAUUCUGCCAGGACUCGACUUCAGGUGCUACAGCGACACGGAGAAGUGAAAUUUUACAGAAAUGCCACCAGAGCCGGGAAGGCGCUAAAAUCAAACUUGUUAGGUAAGUUGUAG